AUGAAUUUUUCAAAGUUGAUGGAAAAAGAAUUGCCGCGUUACCCGAGGAAAGAGGUUCUUCCAUUGUCGAAAACCCGGGUAAAGCCGUUCGACGUUGAAAGUACGUUGUCGGAUGUGACCGAAGCGAGAAAAUGUCACGCGAGAAAGUAUCACGGCCCGGACUCGCUAUUGUACUCGGCGAUUUACCCCAUAGUUUCCAUAAUGAAAGCGUUGGGUUUGGCGCCGUACGAUUUCACGGGCGACCAGCUAGUCCCGUCCAACUUCUAUCUCCUAUUUUCCUUCGUCUGCAUGGGUACUUACUCUUACUGUAUACGCAACGUGUGCAUAAGAUUCCUUGCCGUGAAGAGAGAGAAAAUGAUCCUUAACGUGGUCGAAACUGCCAAGGUACUGGUGAACUAUCUGAUCGCUAUGUACGAUCUCAUAUCGGUGAUAUUCGCGAGGAAAGCGUUCUGCCGCAUUUGGAACGCGCUGCAGGAUUUCGACGAGAGGCUCAGCCAACUGGGUUACCCGCGCAAGGAGGUAAAAACUCGGAUAGCGGCGUGGGUUCUUUUGAUCGUUCAGAUCGUCGUUUGGACGGUGAUUAAUCAGAGCGGAAUGUUCGCCUUCAACGAGUCUUGGCUGUUUAAUAUGAGUUACAUGUGUCUGUACGUCACCAACGCGUCAUCCGUCUACAAAUUCUUCGGAAUGGCGAGCUUUCUCGGUCAACGCUUUCAUCAGCUGAACCAGAUCGCUAGGGAUAAUCUACCCUCGAGAGUCGGAUACAAAAGCACCAGCGUCAGCAGAAAGACCAUCCAGGAAUUGCACGACGAGUUGAUGGUAUCCGGCGAAUCCCUGGGCUCCCUUUACUCGUGGUCGCUAUUCUUCUGGCUAGGAAAUUUGAGCGUACACAUCAUCAGCAAUCUCUACUUGAUCAUCGAUUGGAUCAUCGUGACGAACGCCUACAGCUUAUCUUGGCCCGUGAUAUUCAACACGAGUUCCUGGCUUUCCGGAUAUAUGGGGCAGCUUUUGGCCCUGCACCUCGUCUGCGAUUACACGAUAACCGAGGCGAAUUUCAUGGCUGUGACCCUGGUCGAAUGGGACGCGAGAGUAGUCGAGAGAUAUCCACACAAGGAUACCGUUCGUACUACGCUGCACUUUCUCAAUAGACGGCUUCAUUUCUCGGCCGGCGGUCUCUUCGACGUCAAGUUGUCGUUGCUCUGUUCGAUCGUCGGAGUGAUGUCGACGUAUCUGAUAAUCCUUUUGGAGUUUCCCUCGACUUAGUCUUGAGCAACAACACGGAAGAAAGAAGCAAGCGACGUUCCAAAAAAUUCGAUAAGAUCGUUCGUCUUUCCAUCACGGACCAACCACCGCCAU